GAAAGAGAAAGGAGGCUGAUCCAGGAUCUCCUCCUCCUGCUCCAGCAGCACAUGAAGUGCUGGAAAGAUCUGAGGGUGGGGGAGCUAACAUGUUUGUCUCCCAUCAGAAAGCCCUUUUGCUAAACCUGACCCAGUUUAUAUCUAGAGAGAGAGGAUGUUUUUAAAAGGAAGAGGGGGGAUAAGGAAUUUAGUUAAGCGUUCCUUGGCUCUUAGUGGCAUUCUCCCCCCCCCCCCAGUUUUUAACCACAAAUGAAAUUAGAUGCUGCUUGAUUGUAUAAUCGUCAUCAAAUUGUAGAAUUGAUAGAAGGGGCCCCAGGGUCAUCUAGCCCAACCCCCUGCCGUUCAUUAUUAUCAUGAACGAUCAUGUAAUUCAUGGCAUCAAAAGCAGGGUGGACAUACCAAGUGAAAGGAUUUAAACAUAAACAGAGGGAGAAGGAGGUCAUUAAUUGAUCCAAACCCACUUUCCACCAAUUAAUGACUACCUCUCAGUUUUCCCAUGUGUAAAAUUGGAAUGAAAUAGUGGGCAAGCUUCACCGCUUUGUGAGGGCAGAUGCAGCAAGGAUUUCGUCAGCACAUACAGCGUGGGUGUACCCCACGGUGAAAAGAAAAGAUGAAAGGAAGGAAGGAAUAUUAAGAUAUACCAGGGAUGAUGGCUAGAGCUGGCCAAGCAAGUGGCAUGUAGAGCUAAGUCAUAAGCCCACAAUUCCAGACAAGUGCACAACACACAAGACACAGAAUUUAGCAAUCUAAGAAUUAUUAGUUUUCGAGGGUUUCUUUUUUCUUAAGACUCUAGGCCCUUAAGGCUGCGAUAAUCAGUCAUAAAGAAUUUAUUCGUUUAUUUCAUUUAUUUCCCACCAUUCCCCCAAGAAGCUCAAGGCUGUGUACAUGGUUCUCCCUUUCUGAUCCCCACAACAACCUUGCGAGGUAGGCUGAGAGCCGGUGACUGGCCCGAGGUACCUCAGUGGCCUUCAUGGCCAAGUGGGCAUCUGAAUCCUGGUCUCUCCCAAGUCCGAAUUCGACACCCUAACUACUACACCACACUGACUCUCAGUGUGAAUAAUGUCUGCUGGAACCUUUUAAAUUAGAGGGGCACUCAUUACAAUUGCUAGCAAUUCAGGAAACAGAGGUCUGUUCCCUUUUCCAUGAUAAGCCAGCACUAGAUAAGAAUAUGGUGAAAAUAAAUCAGUAAAUCCGACAGAAAAGCAACACUAGAAUCCCAUUUCCCCCCUCCAAGGCACAAUUUGUCAAUUAUGAUUUAAGUGCCAAAUGUAUGCAUGCAGCAAGCUAUCACAACACUAAAAUACAUGACCAAAAAAACCAACAAACCAUACCUGGAUUUAGUCCAGAGAAUUGGCUAUCUGCUUAAGUUGGGACAAAAUGAUGACACCUGUAUGGGGAAGGUGAGCGAAGGAGCAAAAUGCCACAGUUCACCUUUCCCAAUGCCUCCCUCGCCUCUGGAAGAACGGAUCGGCGUGCUGCAGCGACCCAAAACUUUGGCCUUGCGCCUCAACCACAGCUUUGCCAACGGGGGCACCCCAGGCGGUGGCGAGAAGCAGCCCCUGGCAGCCUCCAGAGCGCCUGGCCAGGCCGCCCCGGCUCCCGCGAAGGCGCCCUGCGACGAGGCCGCACGCCGGGGGACGCCGGGCGUCCUGCAGCCCAACCACUCUCACACCAUCGACAUCAAGCUGACGGUGGGAGGAGUGCAGAGCCUGUCGCCUGAGAGGAACGUCUCCCUGCAGCUGGACCUCAAGCAGGCCGAGACUAAGCCGAAAGGCCUCACUGGGCCCCAGCUGAAGGUCUUCUUGCCCCAGGCGAAGCUCAAGAAGCGCUGCUUCAAGGAGAACUCCAAACCGGCGGUGCUGGACACAUCCACCAGCUCCUCCUGCCUCUCCAGCCCCGCCAUGCACCCCCUCAAAUGCGGUUGCCGCGGCUGCUGGCGCCUCAUGCGCUGCGAGGACGCCGGCCCCAAGGGCGGCUUGCUCUCCCUGGGCUGCUUCUCUUGCCGCUCCAGUCUGCGCUCCCUCAGCUGCUCCAGCUGCAGCCCGCCGUCCGUCAAGAAGCUGGGGUGCUUGCCCUGCGCCCCCUCCUCGGCCCUGCGCUCCCUGGCCUGCCUGGCUUGCAACCCCUCGGUCAAGUCGGGCAGCUCCUCCUGCAGCUUCUGCAGCAGCGACCCCAUCGUGGCCUACGACCCCCGGGCAGGCUCAUCCCCGGCCCCCAGCUGCGGGGAUGACGACGACUACAGCGUCCGCACCAUCUGGCCCGACGAGCUGGCCAAGAAAAUGACACGGUCCCGGGCGCAACAGCAGCAGCAGCAGCAGCAGCACGUCUCCCCGCUCAUCCUGGACUGCCGCAACCUGAUGGAAUACACCAAGAGCCAGCUCCAGGGCGCCAUGCGCUUCGGGGCAGCCGACGCAGCGGGCCGGAGGCGGCUCCAGCAGGGGAAGAUGGCCAUGCUGGAUUUCAUCUCCUCGCGGGGAGGCUGCGACACAAGGGACUCCUCGCUGCAGCGCCUCUGGGCCAAGGAGCCCAGCGGCCACGCCAGUCCGGAGCCUCUCCCCGCCAGCCCCCCCAAGCCCCGCAAAACACAGACCUCCCAGAAUCUCCACCUGGUGCUGGAUCUGCUCAACAAAGAUGGGGGGCAGGAAGGGGUCGGACGGAGAGGCAGUCUGAUUGGGCCAGAUGUUGCGGAUGGCCCAGAUGACUUGGGCCCCCCACUCACGCCUGACCUGGAGAACGCCGAGCUGAGCCCCAUUCUGCCCUUCCUGUUCCUGGGCAACGAACGAGACGCGCAGGACCUCGAACGGAUGCUGAGCCUCAACGUGGGGCACGUUCUCAAUGUCACCACCCACCUGCCCCUGUACCACGCCGACAGCGGGCGCCUGCGCUACAAGCGCCUCCCCGCCACCGACAACAACCGCCAGGACCUGCGCCAAUACUUCGAGGAAGCUUUUGAGUUCAUUGAGGAGGCACACCAGAGCGGCAAAGGAGUCCUCAUCCACUGCCAGGCCGGCGUCUCCCGCUCGGCCACCAUCGUCAUCGCCUACCUGAUGAAGCACACUCUCAUGACCAUGGGCGACGCCUACAAAUAUGUCAAAGGCCGAAGACCCAUCAUCUCGCCCAACCUCAACUUCAUGGGGCAACUGCUGGAGUUCGAAGUGGACCUCAACGCCGGCGUCACGCCCCGGAUCCUCACCCCCAAGCUGGCCGGAGUGGAGACCGAAGUGUGAACAAGAUGGGGUGCAGGAUGAGCUCCGUCAAUCUCAGGGCUGGGAAGAAGAGGAAGUGGGGGGCGGGAGUGCAAUAAGGGGACUGAUGGACGGCAUGUGAGGGCUGAAGCAGUGAGCAGGAAUUCGGGGGGGGGGGCUUCUCAACUACUUUAUUACAUCCCCCCCACUUGAGGGAACUUUGCUUGGAUUCAUUUCUUAAGUCCACCAAUCUGAAAACGCUCAGCGUACAAGACGACAGACAACGCCAAAGACUGACGGCGCUCCGUUCUGUAGGUACCGCUGCUGCUGCUGCUGCUGCCGCCAUCGGAAUUUCGGGGAACAGUUAUUUCUACAAUGACUUCUGAAAAAACUUUCUUACCUUCGUGGGGUGGGGAAUGGGUGGUGUGUGUGUUUGUUUGUGUGUGUGUGUGUGUGUGUGAUCAUGCUGAGUUUUAAUUUAUUGGGGUGGGGAGUGUGUGUGUAUAAAUUGGGGGGGGGAGUUCUCUUUGUCUUCCCCCCAGUUUUUUUGAUCCAGAUGCUGAUAUUGCCUUGCUUUCCACCACGAUGGACUAAUUUGGGGCUGGGGUAUCCUAAGCAAUUUACAUGUGUGUUUGUGUGUGUGUGCAGUAAUGGAAGAGGGGGUGUCCAUGGGGAACAUUGCGGGUGUGAAACUCCUCUCCCCCCCCCAUUUCCCACCAGAUUUUAAUGCUCAGGAUCACAGAAUCUCUUUUGGAUAAGAGUGUGGGUGGAAAGGAGGAGGGGGGGCGCGAUUCACAAUUAAUCUCCCCCCUCCCUUGCUUGGGGUGUAUGUGUGUUUGUGCGGGGGGAGGGGGGAAGAAAAGCCCUCAAUUCUGCCCUCACAUCUAGUUAUUUAUUUGAACUGUAAUUGCUGCUUAGACUCUUUUGACCACCAACCUGUUAUGUGGCUCUUAACAAGGGUUAAUACUGUGGAACUGAUGAUAUUAUGGGAUGGGGGCGGGGACUGGACCCUCCUUUUCCUCCUGCCCCUUCCCUCAAACAUAUUGUUAAGCACUUCUCCCCCCUUUCCCCUCCCCUUCUCAGGGUAAUAUGAUGUAACUGGAACUUGUCUUCCAUUAAUUAAGGGGUUCGGGGUUUUUUGACAAUGGGGAAGGGAUGCUGAAACUUGGGGGGGGGAGUCCUCCUAGGACUCUCUAGCUCCCCUAAAUAUUAUUUUAGGUUUCUAGGGGCUGGUAUGGAGUGGGUGUCGUCGUCUCCCCCCAGCUAAUUUAUCUUACGAUGCAAUAUAUACACAAAAAUUUUGGUUGUUAAUGUUAGGUGCUUUAAAGUGUCCUGCCCCCCACCUCCGGCUCCUCUUCCCGCACCGCACAAAGAGGAGACAGGGUGUGACAUGCGCCCCUUCAUGUCAGUGGUCUUUCAGGCGUUCCCAGUCUUUUCCCAAAUGGAAUUCGAACCCAUCACCAGCAAGGAGCAAGUGGGGGGGGAUAAACGUUAUGGAGGCUAUGGGCCCCAUCUCUCCACCAGUGAACUCACCAAUCAUACAAAAGCCCAACAUCCCAGUCCGUAAAGCUGUGGCACCAUAUUUGUUUGUUCGGGGAUGGGGUAAUUUCCCUUGUAAUCAUCAACAUCUCAUCAUUUCUGUAGAUGUAAAAAUACAUUGUGGGAGAUGUUGCUCUCAUCCCCAGGUUCUUGCCAAUGUAGCACUCUCUGGAAGUUGCUAGACUCCAGCUCCCAUCAUUCCUGACCAUUGGGGCUGAUGGGACUUGGAGUCCAGCAACAUCCAGAGUCUCAUCCCACCCAUCCUCAAAUACUCCCAGAACCCUAACCGGGAUGGCAUGGCACCCACUUGGAACUCGUAAUUUUCUGGGUGGCUGGAAAAACACCCAAUAGCCAAGAGGCCAGGAGAUGCAAUAAGGUGGCCUGUUCAACCCUCAGCUUUGAUGAUCAGAAAUUACUGGUUCAAGGACCUAUCACAAGACGCCAUAGAUGUGCUGCCCCCGAUUAAGCAGGGGCCACAUCUGACCAGACCAGCGCUCCAAACUGCCAUUGAAAUGUUUUUUAAAUCAAUGCCCCCGGCCCCACAAAAAAGAUGCUUUAAAAUCCUCCAGCCCCCAAAUUUCACUUCAGCUAUUGAGGUUGGGGUGUUGGUGGUGGUAGCACUUAAACAUGAAAGUGGGAUCUGUGUCAGAAUGAUUGAUGUUUGUGGCUGAGCUGCAGGCAAACCUUCGCUCUCGCCUCUUCUGGAAUGCAGAGAUGCAGAAAGGCUUCUGUCUGGCUUUGGCGGCUAAGUGAUGUUUGCCCAGCUGUGGAAGGGAGCAGUGCAGCUCAGUGGUUAGAGCCUUGCAUGCAGAAGGUCCCAGGUUCAAUCCCUGGCAUCUCUAGGCAGGACUGGGACUGUCCCUUACCUGAAACCCUGGAGGGCUGCUGCCAGCCGGUGUAGACAGUAGUGAGCUGGAUGGAGCAGUGGGUCCAGUGCAGCAUAAGGCUUGAUGUUCCUAAGGAACAGCAAAGCACCCUCUGCGAGCCCCCCCCCCGGUGCAGAUCCAGAGUGGCUGGUGAAUGCAACAGUUCCUCCCCCCUUUUUUCCAUUUAAAGAGUUUUGUAGUGAAACUAAAAUGUUCCACCCCAUCCACCCGCUGGACAGGAAGCUGAUGUGGUCAAGACUAUAAGGUUCCCCCCUUCCCUUUCCUGCUGUGUCUUUUUGGAUCUCGUCUUUGUUAUUUAUUGGGCCCAAGUGCGAGGCCCCAGCGUCAUAAUUUAUUAAACGUGGUCUUUCUCUUUUUUUGUAA